AUGCUCAUUUUGUGUGGUAUCUGGCCAGGCACACCAUAUGUUCUGCUUUGCAGAAUAUUUUGGGUCGUUUCGAUGACAGUUAUCCUGUUCUGGCACUGCCGUUACUUCCUGACGCAUGUGCAUUCUGCCGAAAUUUUGGACUUAAUGGACUGUCUGUCCAGCUUCCUUGCACAUUCCAAAAUAAUUAUCAAGUUCCUCGUGUUUUGGUUAAAUCAGCGAAAACUCAUCAAAAUCUUGGCGAUGAUGACGGAAGAUUGGAACGAUUGCGCUAAUAAUGACGUCAACCUGCGCGAGUCAACACGCAAAGCGAAAAUGUCGGAUCGUAUUACAAAUGCGAUUGUCAGCCUUCACACAGUAACAAUUGUUACAUAUUGCAUCGGUAUUAUCCUGGCCGACGCCGAUGUCACUGACACCUCGAGAGAACUACCUUUGAUCAAUAAGCUAGAACUUUCUUUCAACAUAAACACGCAAUCCAUGUACAGAUGUGUUUUAAUUACGGAAUUUUUGCAUAUGGUUCUUUGCGGAUGGGCGGCAGGUAUAACAAACUCUUUACUAUUAACGUUGAUUUUACAUGCAGCUGGCCAAAUCGAAAUAAUGCGUUACUGGUUAACGCAGCUGAUCCCUCGUACGAACAAGAGCAAACAUAAAUCGAUCGCUACGACUACGAGUAAAAUUGUUCAAAAACAUCAAAAAAUCAUAAAUUUUAUAAAACACGUUGAAAAUCUUUAUUCAUAUAUCGCGUUGCUUCAGUUUGUAUCAAAUACGAUAAUGAUAUGUUCGCUAGGUUUCGUUAUUGUAACAGCAAUCGGCAGCCCCAAUGCGGUAGAACAAAUAAUGAAAUCAUUUCUCUUUUACACUAUAACAAAUCUCGAAGCAUUUAUCUUUUGCUAUGCUGGCGAAUAUUUGAACAACAAGAGCAAAGAAAUUGGUGUCGCGGCGUAUAAUUGUGAAUGGUACGAUUUAAAAUCUACAGAAAGUCGUCUUCUGUUAUUUAUCAUGUUAAGAUCGCAGAAACAAUUGACAUUAACUGUGGGAAAGAUGAUGGACCUCUCUUUACAAGCUUUUACAAGCAUCAUGAAUGCCUCGGGUUCGUACUUAUCAGUGUUGUUGGCGAUGCAAUGA